AUGGGUGAAGAAGAAUCCCGGAGAGCUUGGAUCGCAAACAAUCCAGUCCUGCCCAGUAUACCCAUUAAAUCAUCAUUUGCCUAUGGAUCGCAAGCGGGGCCAGCCGCGCGUAGACGCCAAACAAUCCAUGCACGACCAGGUACCACAGAUCUGAGAGAGAUUGAGCGGUCAGUUAACGAAGCUAUUAAAAACAGUGAAUUGGCCGCCUUGAAUCCAAAGACGGUAAAGGAUUAUCAAAAAGACGCCCCGAAGAGGAGAGCUCGUAAUGAGAAUGCCCGUCGACGCAUAAAGAGAGAGCCUACCCCGGAUGAAACCCAAUUACAUCAGGCUUUACGCGAAGUAACAGCAUCGCCCAGAAAGGAGUCUCCAAGUCAGAAGUCCGACCCUACACCCUCACCUCCUGUCCCGCGGACUGUUUCUACCGAUUCAAGUCCUGCCGCUGAGCCCCCUCUUCAACGUCAUUUAUCAGUCAUGUCGAAUUCUCCAGAUUUAACACUUUACCCAUCACCCCUCAAACGGGGUGGUCACGAUACCCAUGACCUCACUACCCCGGACCGCUUCAGUCGUCAAAGCUCCGUUGACAACGCCUCAGUGAUAUCCUGGAACCUGGAACGCGAUAUUAACGAGGAUGAUCUUAAAAGGACACGACCAAGCACGCAAGGCAGCAAUAUCACAGCGCCCCCUCGGCGCCCUUCUGGUCUAGCUAACAUUGUCCCCGAUACCAUCGAAGAAGAGAACGAGGACGAGGAAGAAAAAGCCGAGGGGAAUGACUAUUAUGAAGAUGAGGCGGAUGAAAGGGAGCUCUCUGAGCAUUUCGACAAAUUCGAGUCUGAAAUUGAAGCUGGAUUGGUGGGCCAGCCUAUACCUGACCCUGCAGUUGAGAGCUGGACCGCUUCAGUAAAGACAAUUAUCCCGACAAUGUUCCGUUCCGAACAAAGUCCAGAGCCAGACUGCAUACAAACACCAUCUACUAAGGAGCAUCUGGUACAAGAGCGGCCCACAUUGAGGCCUGAAAGUCGUUCUCGAGCCAAUUCUAUCUCGAAAUCUAAUCGGGCUAACUGGGUCCGAGCAGGGAUUGUGUUGUCGCUAUCUAUAGUCGUCGCUCUUGCUUUCCAGAUGGGGCUCUUUGAGAAAAUACACAUCCCACACUUUCCGCCUCCCGUUCAAUACUCCCCUAACACAAGUGAGCCUGCUACCGUUCGUCAUCUCAAAAACCAGGUUUCAAAAAUGAAUGAAGAGAUGUCGUCUUUAUCUCGUGACUUGGUUUCUGUACGAUCAAAGCAUGCUCGCGAUUCCGUUCCUACGUACAUCACGGAUCAGCCCUUUGGCUACGAAAAGCCGCUCCAAAAGAUCAAUUUCUUGUCCCCAGCGCUGGGUGCUAUUGUGGACCCUCGCCAAACCUCACCAGCAGUAGGCCUUACAUGGCCGAUAGUGUACCGGGGUGCGCUCAAAAUGAUUGGGCUAGGAUACAUGAUCCCCAAACCGAUGCCUCCCUCGACAGCUCUCAAGUCCUGGCAAGAAUCGGGAGACUGUUGGUGUACUUCUCAAAAGAAAGGAUCAUCUCAAAUAUCAAUUCUUCUGGGGCGCGAUAUCGUCCCGCAAGAGGUCGUAGUGGAGCAUGUACCCGCCGACGCUACCCUCAACCCAGAACGCGCGCCAAAAGAAAUUGAGCUGUGGGCUCGGUAUCGUGUUAUCCCUUUGCCAACCGACGAAUUUUCAAGAUCCUGGAUUUCUCGACUAACAGGCUUUGGAGACUCGAGGCCCGAGCGACCGAUUGAGCCCGUCUCAUCACGAAAAGAAGGACUUGGAGGAUACACAAUUCCCGGCGAGAAAUCUCUCCAUGAUGUCCUCAUGAGUACAUUGCGCGCGACGAACUUUUACGACCCCGACACUUCUUUCUCCGAUGAUCCACUUCUCGGCCCGAAUUUCUAUCGCAUUGGAAAGAUGACCUAUGACAUCCACAAGAAGAACUAUAUCCAACGAUUUGAUGUCAACACCGUGGUAGACAUCCCGACAAUCCGAGUGGACAAGGUGGCAUUCCGAAUCAAAUCGAAUUGGGGCUCAAACGACACCUGCAUCUACCGAUUGAAAGUGCAUGGCCAUAUGUGA